UGGGAGUGGACUGUAUUGUAUAUAUAUAAACUGCUAAAAUUGGGAAUUGGGGAGGUCCUCCUCGGUCCUCAUUGAAAUGUGGUUCACUAUGUUGGGAUAUGAAGCCAAGUGGCGUCUUUAGUCUUGCGUCGGUCCUCAUUGAAACGUCGCUUUCCUUUUGAGUCCACUGCUGAAAUUACAAAGACAAAUACAAAUUAUCAUUUUUGAUUUCCACUGUCUUCUAUGUUUGUUCUGUUUAUCUGAAACUUGUUAGAUUCUCGAAGAUAGGUUCGUACAUAGAUAGAUAGAUAGACAGAGGUUGCGUGGGGGUGAUGGAUGCGGCGGUGUCGGAGUCACCUCCUUGUGUUGCAGACGACAACCAUGGAGGCUGCCAUGGAGAUCGACGGAGAUGGCCGGCAAGGUCCUCUUGGCCUCCAGGUUUCAGAUUCCACCCCACCGAUGAGGAGCUCCUUCUCUAUUAUCUCAAGAGGAAACUCUGUCGCCGCCGCUGCCUCAACCUCAACCUCAUCGCCGAGACCGACCUUUACAAGUGGGAUCCUGAGGAUUUGCCCGGGCAAUCCAUGUUGAAGAGUAGGGAUAGACAGUGGUACUUCUUCAGCCGUAGAGACAAAAAGUACCUGAACGGUCCGAGAUCCAAUCGGGCGACUGUGAAUGGUUACUGGAAAGUAACAGGAAAGGUGCGCAACAUUAUUUGGAACUCCCGGACUGUAGGCAUGAAAAAGAUCCUGGUUUUCCACAAGGGUCGGGCUCCGACCGGCCAACGAACCGACUGGGUGAUGCACGAAUAUACCAUGGACGAUGAGGAGCUCAGGAAAUGCCAGGCGUACUCUGAGGAAUCUUAUGCUAUCUGUAAGAUUUACAAGAAGAGUGGACGUGGCCCAAAAGUAUGCGAGCAGUAUGGGGCGCCUUUCAUGGAGGAGGAAUGGGACGAUGACGACGACGACGAAGAUGAUGAUUCUAAUAACCCAGUUGAUGAAAACCCCACCAACCGAGAGGGUGUGGGGUGCCAAUUGAAUGAAAUUCCUUCUGUUAAUAGCCCUCCAGUAUAUAAUCAAUGCCAGGACGAGAAUUUUAGCCAAUUAUCAUACGAGGCUGAAGAAACAGAACCUGGGCAAGCCAAUGGUAUUGCUCAAGAACCCACUCAGUUGAAAAGGAAGUUAAACCAAAUGGAGGGAAAAGUGUCAAGAUUGAAAUAUGAAGAAGGUAAUGAAAUUUGUGAGUUUCAGAAGAAGAUAGAGUCCCUGAGUAAGCAACUGCAAGAGAAAGCAGAUGGAAUUUGUGAACUUCAAAAGAAGAUCGAGUCAGAAGGUAAUGAAAUUCGUCGACUUCAAAAGGAGAUGGGGUCUCUAAGGAAACAAUUGCAAGAGAAAGCAGAUGAAAUGGAGCAUCUGGAAAUCCUGAAUCGAACUCUUAUUGUCAGAGAGCACAAAAGCAACCAGGAGCUUCAGGAAGCACGUAAAGAAUUGAUUAAUGGUCUGCAAAACUUCAUUAAUGGUCAUUCUGUAAUUGGGAUCAAACGACUAGGGGAGCUCAAUGAAAAACCAUUUCGAGAUGUGUGCCUGCAGAAAUUUCCAUCUGGAGGCUGGGAGAUCAAAUUUUCUGAGCUAUGCUCAUUGUGGCAGGAAAAUAUUAGAGAUUCAGAAUGGCAUCCAUUUAGAAAAAUCAGCGUAAAUGGAAAACUUCAAGAAAUAAUAGAUCUUAGUGACAAGAAACUUACAGAGCUGAGGGAUGAGUGGGGUGAAGCAGUAUGUGAAGCUGUGGUUACAGCAUUGUUGGAGAUAAAUGAAUGCAACCCAAGUGGGAGGUAUGCAGUUUGUGAACUUUGGAACUAUAAAGAAGAGAGGAGAGCUAGUUUGAAGGAGGUCAUCCAGUACAUCCUGAAGCAGUUGAAAAAUCUCAAGGGAAAUGAUAAGCAUCAAAGGGAAUGACAAAAUCUAGAAAAGAGGAGCCUGAGGUGUAUUGCUUGGCAUCUUCCUUAUUGGAUGUUUGAAGGAAAAACUGCAAGUUGAAAAUGGAUGUCAGAUUCUGAGCCAUAACUGCGAAGUGCUGAAAGGGAAAGAACUUGCCAAUUUAUAGAAAUGUGGAACUUCAGACCAGCUUUACAGAAUGAACACAUGCAAGGAAAGAAUACAUCCAACACCACCAAGCUAAAAUCUAGUUGAUUUUUUUCCUGGGAAAUCAUCACCUGUUGUACGUUUUAGACUUCAAGAGUAAUCUAACUUCCCUUCUGAAUUGGUGGGGAUACCAUUGCUGAUUCUUGUGUUUGUUUCCACAAGGUCCUUCCCCUGUAAAGGUUGUGAGGACUGAAGACGAGCGUUUUCUUCUCAGGUGUCUUGUGCAAUUAAAGGACAGCCAAGGUCCUGUUUUCUUGUUUAUGAGGGAUUGUCAGAUUGUCACUGUGAAACAAUAUUGUGGAAAUAAAUUUGGAGUAAUCUAAUUGGAAGUAAAACGGUCAUCUCCUUUCC